UGACUGGUGGGUUGAUGUUGUAGAUUACAGGAUUCAUAGCUAUUUAGGACAGUUAAUGACUCUCUCAGCCAUAAGGUUAUGGCUUAUUUUUUUCUGUUUCUUGCAACCAAAGAGUUUUGUCUUCAGCAGUAGCGUCCAGCCGUUUAACUCUUGUGGCCAACCAGAAGCAGGCCUCAGGCCAGCUGGAAGCCUAGGAAGCAGUCCUAAGAUUUGCCUAAGGUUGUGGGAACUGUCUGUUCAGGAGUGCUGGUGGGAGGGAUGGAACUUCUUUACCUGCCAUCAUUCUUACUGGCACCGCCAUACUAGUGCAGUGGUCCUGUCUACUGAGGAAGACUUGGGGACUCAGCUUUGGUUUCUGGGAGACCUGGGACUCCAGGAGCAGAUGUGAGGACUCAGGAGGCCCUGGGCACAGACAUGGACUGUCUAACUUUUGAGGAUGUGGCUGUGAACUUCACCUUGGAGGAGUGGGAUUUGUUGGAUCCUUCCCAGAAGCAACUCUACACAGAUGUGAUGCAGGAAACCUUCAGAAACCUACUUGCUAUAGGACAAACUGAGGAAGUCCAGAGGAUUAAAGAUGAUAGUGAAGAUUCUAGGAGAAACUUAAGAAGUGGAGUGGUGGAGUUACUGUAUGAACCCAAUGAAGGUAGACGAUGUGAAGAAAUCUUCAGUGAGUUUCCAGAUACUGUUGUGAACAAGAAAAUCCCUCAUGGAGUCAAACUGUGCGGAAGUAAUUUAUGUGAAGACAUACUUAUUGGUCUCCCACCCCUAAAUAUGCAUAUUCCUGUUCAAACAGGACAUAAACCAUGUGAACAUGAGAUUUAUGAAGACAGUCUGUAUAAAUUUAGGGGAUGUGGGAAAGCCUUCAUGUACCCUGAGUGCUUUCUGAAGCGUGAAAAUGCUCACACCAUAGAGAAACCAUAUAAAUGCCAGCAAUGUGGGAAAGCCUUUUCCUCUUCAAGUAAGGUUCGCAGACAUGAAAGAACUCAUACUGGUGAGAAACCCUACAUAUGUAGCCGUUGUGGAAAGGCCUUCCCUAGCCGUGGUUCUCUUCGCCGCCAUGACAGGAUUCACAGUGGAGAGAAGCCCUUUGUGUGUAAGUAUUGUGGGAAAGCCUUCACUGGCCAAAGUUCACUUCCACGCCAUGAAAGAAUUCACAGUGGAGAGAAGCCCUAUGUGUGCAAAUACUGUGGGAAAUGUUUCAUUUCUUCAAGUACCUGUAGAGUACACGAACGGACUCACACUGGAGAGAAACUCUAUGUUUGUAAACUGUGUAAUAAAGCCGUCACUACUCGUACCUCCCUUCGAAAUCAUGAAAGAAUUCACAGUGGUGAGAAACCCUAUGUCUGUGAACAGUGUGGAAAAGGUUUCAUCUCUUCUGGUACCUUUCGAAUCCAUGAACGAAUUCACACUGGAGAGAAGCCCUAUAAGUGUAAGGAAUGUGGGAAAGCCUUCACUAUACAGAGUUCUCUGCAACGCCAUGAGAGGAUUCACACUAGGGAAAAACCCUAUGACUGUAAAGAAUGUGGGAAAGCGUUCAGUGGUUACAGCUCACUUCGCCGCCAUGAGAGGAUUCACAGUGGAGAGCGACCCUAUGCAUGCAAGCAGUGUGGGAAAGCCUUUCCAGCUUUGGGGGACUGUCAGAGACAUGAGCAAAUCCACACCGGUGAGAAACCCUUCAUAUGUAAGCAGUGUGGGAAGGCCUUCACGCGUUGUGGUUCCCUUAGAAUACACGAGAAGACCCACACCAGAGGGAAUUCCUAAGCAUGGCGUGUGGGAAGGCCUCCUCAUUUCAUGCCCUUUCCAGAAAGAGUGUGACCGUGUUUGGGGAAGAAAACAGUAUUGUAUGAAGUUACGAGGGCUGCCACUAGGCAGUCAUGUUGUAAAAUUACAAACAUAAAGGACAAACUAAGAAUGCACCCAGCAUCCAAACUUGGCCAGAAACAUCAAAACGUUGUUGAUUUGUAAGAAAUAGAUAAAAAUUCUGUGAAAAUUCUCCAGGUUUGGGGGUACUAUAAGUGUACAUUAUGGAAAGCUUAGCGCAAAGUAAUGUAGAAUGCUCCAAAAAUGUCCCCAAAGUUAUACUACCCCAUUAAUGUCUUACUAAUGUAGAUAUGUGAACUAUUUAUUUAUACUUUAACUGUUGUAAAUAAAUGGUGGCAUGACAGAACUUUCUGAAGUUUGCUUAAGAAAUCAGGCAAACGAAUAUAUUUUUACUAUGUUACCUAACAUUUUGAAGGAUUUUAGCUGAUUGAAUGAUGGAAUGGCCUUUUGAGAUGUGGUGUUAGCACAAAUGAGUUGGCAGUAGCCCACAUGCUAGGGCAAGGUUCUCCAGAAAGACAGAUAUGCUCUAAAUUGGCUUCUAAUAUGAUGGUGUUUCUCUCAUGGGUCCAGGAGUCAAAGGGCCUGGAAUUCACUAGAAAAAUUUUGGCUUCCUGUACUGUAGAUCUGGUUUAACAGAGGGAGGCACAACCAUUCCUUUGAACUAGAAGCUAAGACACACACACACACACACACACACACACCCCUCCCAACCCUGUGUACCUGUGUUGCUUGUGCACUUCCGUUAACUAAAAACAGUUACUAAAGGGAUUGAUCCCUACCGGGGGUCCUGAGACUACUGUUCAGUAUUGGAGAUAGGCUAUUUUUGCCUACUUGACACAAGCUGGGAAUCGGGUAGGGAGAACACCAUUAAUGAUGCGUGUGACAGGGCUGCUGUGGGUAGUGCCACUCUAGGUAGGGGCCCUGUGUUGCAUAAAAAAGCAGGCUGAGCAGGCUGUGAGGAACAAGCCAAGAAAAAGUCUUCCUCCAUAAUCUCUGCCUCAGAUCCUACUUCUGUGUUCCUGCCUUGAGAUUCUACCCUGGCUUCCCUUAGGGCUGGAAUAUAAAGUGCAAUCCAAAAUAACCCUUUCCUCUUCAAGUUGAUUUUGGUCAGUGUUUUAGCAACAACAAAAAGAUCAGACUAGGGUGUGAGUAAAGGAAGAGUAUUACUGGAGUCCCUUAGUAUCACCAUGUCUGGUCACUAAAACCCAUGGGAAGUUUGAGUCACUUCUCAAGGCAAAGGACUAGUCAGUUUGGGUAUAUGAUGUUUUUAUUUACAAAAUUCGAAUACUAAAAUUUAUUUUAAUUUAAAAAUGUAAAAAUAAUGCUUAGUGCUUGCUGAAAAGGAGGAAAUACAAACUGACACCAGAAAAAGAUCCUUAUAAGUAUGUUAACCUGUGGGACCAGUUCUAAAACAGGAUUCUGACUGUAUUCAGUUUUAUUUUGUUAAUAUAUGCAUUAGGCUGGGCAUGGUGGCAUAUGCCCUUAAUCCCAGCACUCAGGAGGUAAAGGCAAAUGAGUCUCUGAGUUCAAGACCAACUUGCUCUACAUAAUGAGUUUCAGAACAGCCAGGGGUGCGUAUGGAGACCAUGACUCAAAAAUGUUUAUUUUUCUAGUUAAUAAUUAGUUUUGAUUGCCAGUGUGACAAAAUCUAGACUCAACUGUGAGAUAGCAUGAGGGGGAAGACUCACCCAGUGUUGGAAGUGCCAGUGCCUGACCGGGAUCCACGGGUGUGUCAAAGUGGGGAAAGUCAACGAGCUGAGCGCAAGCACACACGCACUCAUUGCUCUCUGUGUUUGACUGUGCUUGUAAUAUGACGGAAGUAUGAGCCAAAUGAAUCCUUCUAUGUUGCUUUUACCUGGGUAUUCUGUCACUAUAACAAGAAAUGAAGCUAAGACAUUAUACACACAAAUAUUAAGCAGAUAUUCGUGUUUUCUUUCAUCUCUUCCUUUACCAUGUAAUUUGACUAAAUAUCAGUACUGGGUAUUGCUACAUAUUGUCAUAUUUAAUUAUGGCACAAUAAAUGAAUAAGCAUUUCUCAAAGGA